AUGAGUUCACCGUCGACUAAGUGCCUGAGGACGAAAGUGUGUGCCACGUUCGUUAAUACCGGAACGGAUGAUGCUACGAUACCGAACGGUGAACUAUGACACGCCCGUGAAAAAACGAUAACAACACUCCUAUCCUCCGAUUGACCAGAGAGACAAAACGACAGAUAGAUAGAGAGAAAGAGAGAAUAACGCAAUACGGCGGAAAGCUCCUGCUUUGUAUAUUCUUCGUGUGACACUCGCCUCGAGUGAAAUCAUGCUUCAGCCAAGAGCUACGUGAAGUACGCGAAACAGUGACGAAGGUAAGCCACGAAUUAUUUCGGAUAGGUUGAACGUCAGAGAGCCGCGGAGACUUGACAGGUCUGUUUGUUUUCGUCUGUGCCUCGUUUCUCGAUAUCAGCGUGAAAGGGGUGGGACGAUUACUUCCUAUAUCUCUGUUCAACCUAUAUAACCGCGAAUAGUGCCGUGUAUGUGUGGGAAAUGAGUCGCGAUAGUAACGUAAUAUCGCAGGUUGCUUAAAUAUUCUUGAUCUCUCCUCCGAUGUGCGCGUACUUUGAAUUUUCUCUCGUUCAUUUUCUUUCCUUCUUUCUUUCUUUUUUAUGAAAUAAGUCUCUCAAUGAAUCUUCGACCUUUCUCUCAAUCAGAUAGCUUACCGUGUUGUAGACUGAGAAUAUUUAUCGAAACGCUUAUGCGUUUCACGUAUCUGACAAUCGUACGAAGCGAUAUUGUUAUUUUCGUCAGGAAUCCUUAGUUUAUAUAAGAACCGUAGUAUAUCGGAAUUUUUGUUGAAAAGCUUUUUAAAAAGUUAACGUGUUAUUUGUGACACGUUGAAGUACUCGCGCAGCGUGUACAUUUACAUUUUGAUACAGUAUCACACCGCGAUGAAAUAUACAUUUUUUCAUUGAAUCAAAGUAAAAUCGGAGAUUUGACUUCAACAAUCGUAGUAUAUUUAAUUUAUAAAAAAAAAGAAUAUGAUAUUAAAUAUCAUAUAUUUACCUGUUUUAUUGUGUCAUUUCGCGCAUCGAUUAUUAGUAUGUGUUGUAAGUAAUUUUUUAUUUUCGAAGAACAAAAUAAGUAUUUGCGUCAAUUUGAAUAUAACUGAUAUUCGAAAGAUGAAUAAAAUAUCAGCUUUUUUAUCGUUUUUUGUGACACAUGUUUUUCCGCGUAAUACGUCCGUCACACUGCUACGAGGGCAAUGCCGAUGUUCUAAUUAUGAUAAUCAGAAUGAAUCAUCAGUUAAAGGAUUGAGUUAAAGGUGAUAGAAUGUGAAUGAAAUAACUAAGUACUUGUACGUAAUUCUUUUCUUAAUGCCACAACGAAUUUCGUUAAUGGGCAAUUUGUUAUUUCGUUCCAAACAAAUUUUCUAGUAACUUCAACAUUCAAUACGUAGUCGUACGAUUUAGUGUUAUUUACUGUCACGAAAGUAGGUCAACAAAUUUGUUGUAAAUAUUAAAUUGAUUUGAAUGACAUUUAGUAAUGAUAAGAACAAGUUCAUCAACAACAAAUAUGAACUGUACCAAUGUUUUAACUAAACUUCCUAUGUACUAUUUUUGGACAACACAUAUAAUCUAUUAUGCAUACAGGAUUUAGAUUAGAUAAUAUCACUCUUAGAGAAAAUUGUAGCUCAAAAUAGGUAUAUAGGGGUCAAGUAAAACAGAGCUAUUCUGUUCAUUUCAUUUCUUUUUAUUUUUUUUUUUUUUUUACAGAUACUGUAUAAUUUUCACAUUGCAUUGAUUUAUCAUUUUAUUUUAUCAUAUUUUAUUUAUUUUAUGAAAGAAAUCUUGUGAUUAAUGUUAUUGAUAAUAUUUGAUAAAUAUAAUUUUCAUUUGACAGUCAAUACAUUUCAUAUGAAUGAUAGUACUGAUAUCACAAUAAAUGAUAUAUCUUCAUUUUUUCUGAUAUUACAUCUUUAGCAAAUCCUCCAAAUGUUUUAUAAUUUAUAGUCUAGUAGAAAUAAUAAUUCAUACAAUAGCAUUUACUGAUAAGAAGAUAUAUGUGGGUAUAUAUGUAUAUUUUAUAUAGUUUGGUUAAUAUAUCGUUCACAUAUAAUACAUUUCAAUUCAUAUAUCUAAAAUGUUUACAGCAAUACUAAAGCAGUUAAGUAAUCAUUUUUUCAGAAAAAGGAAUGGCCAAUUUGAUGGUAACUACGUCAAGUAAGAAUAGUUCACGCAGUGCAUCACCUAACAGAGGAAAUACAUUGACCUCACCUCAACCAUUGUCAUCUACCUUGGAACAUAUUUCAAAAGCACGUAAUGCUUCACUUUCCCAAACAGGGGAGGGUAGUACAGGCAGUGGAAGUAGUGGUGGUGGAGGCAGCCUCAGCAUGAAAGGUAGUAGGCAAAAAUCACCAGGAACUGUGAUUCGAGUAGAUGCUAUGGAUGAACCAAAUACCAAUUUAAUCACUGCCGAACAAGACGAGUUUGUGCCAAAUAUUCACUUACCAACUGAUGAUGAAGGAGAACAAUAUCAUGCAACACAAUCGUUCCUAUCAAAUGGCUCCUCUGAAUUAAUAACUGAUGAUGUUGACUCUAACUCUGCUCGAGUUUGUCAAGCUAUUGAGCACAUUCAAAGUAAAAUUGCUAAAACACGAGAACUUAUAAGAAUAGAACAAACUACACGUGAUGAAAAUGUAAAUGAAUAUCUAAAAUUAGCUGCCAAUGCAGACAAGCAGCAGCUUACACGAAUCAAAGCAGUAUUUGAAAAGAAAAAUCAAAAAUCAGCGCACAGUAUUUCUCAGCUCCAAAAAAAAUUGGAUAGUUACACAAAAAAAUUAAAACAUUAUGAGUUAAAUGGUGCACCUACAAGUCACAGACAACCCAGAGAAGUGCUUCGGGAUAUGGGACAAGGACUUAAGCAGAAUAGUUUGGUAUUGGAUAACAUUCUAACUUGCGACGUCUGUGUCCCUGCAGAUGGCUCGACUUUUUAUGUAAACGAUACACCGCGUGCAGGUAAUGGAGAUAACGCUAGUGUUGAAGAUGAAAAGGCUCAUCAUGGGUCAGCGACGUUGCCUGGCGGAUGUAGUUUGGGAUCAACUCAUAGUGCCGCAGCAAUGAAAUUUCCAUCCGAAGAAGGAUCAGAAUGUUCCAGUGUCACAAGUGAAAGCGGACCUGGUAGUAGGGGGCAAGCACACACAUGUCACAGUAGUAAUAAUGCUGCACUUAGUCUCAAAUCUAUUUUCUCAGAACUACAAGAGCAUAGAGAAAAUUUGGAAAGAAUGAAAGACAAAUUAGAAGGUUUAAAGAGCUUGCAACAAGAAGUGACAUAUCUUUCUCAUGCUUUGCAAGAGGAACGUUUCAGAUGCGAGCGUCUGGAAGAACAAAUUAAUGAUUUAACUGAACUGCAUCAAAACGAAGUAGAAAACUUGAAACAGACUAUAACAGAUAUGGAAGAAAAAGUGCAAUAUCAAAGUGAAGAUCGAUUAAGGGAUAUACACGAAAUGUUGGAGAGUUGCCAAACUAAAAUUUGUAAAAUGGAACAUCAACAACAACAACAUCAACAAUACGUCACUUUAGAGGGUCUGGAUAAUAGCAAUGCAAGGGCAUUGGUUGUAAAGCUCAUAAAUGUAGUAUUGACUGUGUUGCAAGUUAUUUUACUUCUGGUUGCAACAGGUGCUGGUAUAAUGAUGCCUUUCCUUAGAACCAGUUGUACUAAGCCUCAUUGUUUCAUGUGCAGGGUGCGCAUAUUAACAACUACGUUUGUUGUAUUGGGCAUAGUAUUUGUGCUCAAACAAUGGCCUGAGGUUCAUGACGUCGGCAGUCACCUCAUGCGCCACCUUAAACAGACGCUCGCCGGUGGUAUACUUAAAUUUACCAUACCCUGUGAUGAAGAAAAAUUGUACACAUUGAUCAACAUUUUGGACCUAUUUAUCAGUGCUGUAGUUUUGGAGCAAUAAUAGUAGGUAUAUGCGUAAAUUGUUUCAUUUAUAUUUUAAAUUCGAUCAUAUUCAUCACUAUUACAUUAAAUCAGAUGAAUGAUCAAAUCUGUUUGAUACUAUUAACGGAAUUACAAAAUUCAAAACAUAUUUUGCUGUGCAAAAAUGUUUCACUUAGGAAAAAGAAAUUUAUUAGAAAUGAUAAAGAUAAAAGUGUCUUUUGUCUCUUAUGCAAAUAUUGUAAAUUUAUUUAGAAUAUUUUAAUUUCUAUUUAUGUAAAUUUGUUAAAAGAAAACAAUAUGCAUUUGAUAAUUAAUUGUGCGCGAAUAAAAAAGAAAAUUAUAAUUUAUAAUAAAAUAAAAAUUUCUAUGAAAAUUUAAAAGAGGCAGUAACUAUAACGCUGUACACUGAUAUUGCUUGAUUACAUACGGCACAUUGUUAGAAGAAUUUACUCUAAUGUCAUGCGAUUAAGUUCACUUUUACACGAAUCAUUGAUUAAUAUGAAAUUAAAAAAAAAAAAAAUU